UACUGUUUGAUGGACAAUGCAACAAAUUAACUUUAUGUUUAUUUUCAUUUCUUUUUUCUAUGGUCUUGCAGCAAUUACACAUGAAAAAUUUAAAACAAACAAACAAAAAAGAAAAACCCAAAACAAAACAGUUGCAAUUUGGUGCGUGGUGAUGGAGAGUGGGGGCCACAAUAAGAAGAUUUUAAUGUGUUAGAUGAGUUAGUACUUCUGUUAAAUUUUGUGCUCUGGAAGUUUGGGGUUAAGGGAGAGAAGCAACAGCCAUAAUAGCAAAAAUGUCUGUCGUGGAGGGUUUAGAAGUGAAUGGACCAGCUCAGUCAGGGUACAGUUACACAUUGACUUGCAUAUCAGUUUUUGAAUGAUUCCCUCAGUCACCAGAUUCUUCUCAGCCAGAGGGAGAAGUCACAGAGUCUGAGUGAUGGGAUCAUAUCCAGACUUGGCAUUCAUCCUGCUGUUUUUUACAACACUGUCCUUAACUUGUGAUAGUGGUAAAGUCCUUGUUUACCCUAUAGAUGGGAGCCACUGGCUUAACAUGAAAAUCCUGGUGGAGGCUCUUCAUUCUCAGGGCCAUCAAAUAACGGUGAUACGUUCCUCGACCAGCUGGUAUGUUUCUGAAUUUUCACCCCAUUACACCUCCAUCACCAUCGCCCAGGAACAGACACAAAACAUUGAGAGCCAAGCCUUCAUGACCUCUUUCUUGAAGAAGUCAAUAGAGAUCCGUCGGAGAAAAGGCUCACCAUGGGCCUUUCUGGACUUUUAUAGGAACCUUUUCAACAUGAUCGGGGAAAACCAGCAAGUGGUGGCAAAAAUGGUCACCAGUAUCUUUGAGAAUAAGACACUCAUUAAGGAGCUGAAGGAAACUGAAUUUGAUCUUUGUCUGACUGACCCUGCAUUUCCAGGCGGAGUGAUAUUGGCACACUAUCUCCAGCUUCCCAUGGUUUUCAAUGUGCGCUGGCUUUUCACUGGAGAGGCCCACUUUGCCAUUGCUCCUUCUCCUCUGUCCUACAUCCCCCAACUGUUCUCCCAUUACUCCGAUAAGAUGGACUUUUUCCAAAGAUUCAGUAAUGUAAUCUAUCAUGGCAUGUUGGUUUACAUGUACCACUAUGUCUCAAAUCCGCCUUACCAGGCUGUGUGUGAUCAUUAUUUUGGACCAGAUGUCAACAUCAUGUCUCUUGCGCAGAAGGCUGAUCUCUGGCUCAUGCGGGUUGACUUUACGUUUGAGUUCCCCCGUCCCACGAUGCCCAAUGUCGUCUACAUCGGAGGGUUCCAGGGGAAGCCCUCUAAACCUCUUCCAUCAGAUUUAGAGGAAUUUAUGCAGAGUUCUGGUGACCAUGGGGUGGUUGUCAUGACUCUGGGGACCCUGCUGGGAGACCUUGGCCCAGAGAUAUCAGAGAUCAUUGCCUCAGCAUUUGCCAACCUCCCGCAGAAGGUCUUGUGGAGACACAUUGGGAAAAGACCAACCACCCUGGGAAACAACACUAGGCUGGUUGACUGGCUGCCUCAAAAUGAUCUACUGGGUCACCCUAAAACAAAGGUUUUUGUCACGCAUGGGGGUACCAACGGAAUUUACGAGGCUAUCAACCACGGUGUUCCAAUUCUGGGCAUUCCUCUCAUCUUCGACCAGGAUGAUAAUUUGGUGCGCCUGAAGGCCCGGGGGGUGGCUGAGACUGUUGAAGUAACAACCUUGGAUGUUGAGUCUCUAACAAGCACUCUGAAGAAUAUUCUCAACCCAGAGAAGCCUUAUAAACAGAAUAUGCACAAACUGUCAGAGCUUCAUCGUGACAAACCAUUGAAACCCAUAGACAGUGCCAUUUUCUGGGUGGAGUACGUCAUGAGACACAAGGGUGCAGCACAUCUGCGUACUGAGUCCUAUAAGUUGCCAUGGUAUGCCUAUCACUGUCUCGAUGCGAUGGCAGUCUUUGUGGCAUUAGCUUUCCUAAUCAUUGCAUUAAUUUGGGUUUCCUGUAGACGUUUCAUCAAAUAUUUGAUAAGGAUGAAGAAGUCUGCAACCAAGUCCAAGAAUGAAUAGAUGACCUAAUGAGGACACAAGCUGGAGGGUGGUGAUGACAGUGAGAUAAAACACACCAAUAAUUUACAGAAUGACUGUACAGUACUGAAGUCCUGCAAAUGAUUGGCGAUCAGUCCAGGGUGAACCCCGCCUCUCACCCGUAGUCAGCUGGGAUAGGCUCCAGUUCCCCCACGACCCUGACGGAUAAGCGGUAUAGAAAAUGGAUGGAUGGAUGUACAGUACUGACACGAAUAUAUAAGUGGAAUGUGUCAGAAAUUCAAAAUCUGUAAUAACUUUAAAUCAUCAAGUUAGUGGCACUAAUCUGUUUCUUGAAUUGUCUUUUUGCAAACUAAACAACCAGUUUCCAGGGGAAUGAUGU